AUGUCGAGAAGCGACGUCGGCUGUGCUGAAUUGGGCAACCGGAAGCUGCCGAAGAAGUUGGUCCUUCCGCCUGCACCUGACAAACAGCUGUCUGGAAUCGAGGCAUUGGCCGGCGUCGAGCUCAUGUCGAGCACGACGUUCUUCUCGGAAAGUCCGUCGUUGCCGCCGAUCUCGCCGACGUCGGCCGCCGCCGUGGUCAUUUCCAGUGCGCCACUUUCAAUGGGCGCCGAUCAUCAUAAUCAUCGGCGCCAGAAGCGCGACUCUGCGGGGCUACGCGACGAGGAAGACGUGAUGGCGCCGGUGUUUGUGCCGGUGGCGACGGCAACGGCGACGACGACGGAUUCGUUUUUGACGCAGUUGUGGACGUCGACGGUGUCGAGACUGAGGUCGUGGAACGAUGACGCGGGACUGGCGUCGGAAUCCGUGCCGGUGUCGGAGGAGAACACGGUGGUCGUGGAUGGGAUUCGACCGACGAAACCCGUCGUGACGGCGGUUGUUGAGGAUAAGGAGAAGGAGGAGGAGCAGCAGCAGAAGGCGGCCGAGUUCAUCGUGCACUCUGAUCUCAAAGAUGGGGAAGAAUUGAGUGGGCAUCGGAAGUCGGCCCGUCGUCUGGACGUCGGCUCGAAUAAGGACGUGGAGUUGGAGUCGAACUCAGCCGAGAAACACACUGCGAAAAAGUUCCCCGAUGACCACGACGAGCACUUGUACGACGAGGCGUCCGUGACUCAACCUCUGGCUCUUCCCGUGGCGCCGUUGGUGAAGAACGAGCAAAAAGAACCUCAGCACGCGGUGGCGGCGGCGGAAGUGGCGUCCCAAUACGACGCUGCCGUCGACUCCACGACAACCAAGUUCAGCGAGUGGUUUCAUUUUGAUGGAGUACCUGAAGGAGGAGGACUGGGAAGUGAACCAUUGAUGGUCGAAGACGUCCAAACGUCGUCGUCGUCGCCUGCGACGGAAACGAACGUGAAGACGACGACGAUAUCUACAGUGUUGCCAGAGCAGAGCGAUGACCAUUGGACGAAGCAGAAUCUGACAGCACUGGACAUGUUUGAUCCGAAUAAACCCAUUCUUAUUUUACCGGUCGACGCUCAGAAUGAUGACGGUGGAUCGUCCAUGGAGACUUUUUCCGAGCCCAAAGUGCUGGAACAGAUGGAGCAGAGUGCUUGGAAUGCGACGGCCGGGUUGAAAAAUGACGGACAUGACACGACGACGACGACUGCGGCGUCAACCACGACGUCGUCCAUCUCGACGACGACGACGACGACGACGACGUUGAACGCAUCUGAGAUCGAGCUGCAGGGCGAAGACCUGAUCCAGCAGCUGCUGAAGGACUCCAUGACGAGCACGAGUCCCAAGACCGUCGUCAUUCUGUCGACUGCCGAGACGUCGACGACCCGGGCUCCGAGUCUCAUCGUCGAGGGACGACGGAGAGUCGUUGACAAUCAGUUUCUCCAUCCGCCGACGAGUUCGGGCUCAUCGUCGUCGUCGCGGUGGCGGAUGACGAGAGGAGAGGCACUUGCCGUCAUCUUGGGAUCUGUCGCUGCCGUCCUCGUCAUCAUGGGUUCAUUCGCAUUGGUAGUGUACAAAAGGCGACUGGGGCUGAAGUUCGGCUUCGGACAAUUCCAGCGACAAGCACUGAGUGAUCACUCUGGCUCGGGACGAGGUUCCAGUCGAUCUCCGGAAGAUGGCAGUGGCUCGAGUCCGUCGUCGGGCGUCUUUGGUCUCGGUCAACUGAGUUCGAACCUGAGUCGGGGCCUGGGGCUGACUGCAGGAGCGACAUCUUGUCGAAGGAACACGUCUCGCGUCGCGUCUUUGUACGGCGGUCGUCGGUGGGGUGUCUCUGCCUACUCGAGUGACGGGCACUCGAACCAUAUCGAUCUGGGCCACGGGAACAUGGAUGACCUGAGCUUCCAGCCGUCGUACAUGCAACGAAGUCUCGAGUCUCCCAGGGAAGGAGUGAUUGUGGACGACUUCGCCAGUCUAGACAACGACUCAUUCCUCAACUCGUUGGAAUUCGUCAACUUCGCCAAGAUCAAUUCCCAGUUUGGCCACACGAAGCUGUGAUAUUAAAAAACGGAUCAUUUUUCUUUUGCCUCCGCUGCGCACCAAAGACCCUCUUUUUUUCAGCGUCGAAGAUUAUGGGGGUGUUCAAAAAGGCAUUUUGCCCAUUGGAAUUUUCCUUCUUCCUUUUUUUUUUUUUUGCGGACAGGUUGUGUAAAAUGUUUUUUUGUUUUUGGGUCUUCAGGAAUGCAAGUUCAGUUUGCGUGGGGCAUUUAUUCUGCGUUUUUUCCUCUUCUUUUUUUUUUUAUACAGAAGCGAUUUCUGUUGACUCGAGAGGCUACUUACGUAUGAGGAGAAGUUUAGAAAAAAGAUUUCUUAUUGACGAGAGCUGAUGAUAUAGUCGUAGGCCAGUGUUCCAAGACUUGAAAAAAGAAAUUUUCCUCUUGAAUGGUUGUCGCUUUUUCCUGCUGAGAACUGAUAGCUUUUUCGUGAUGACUCGAGAAGAAGAAAUGAGAGGAAAUUUCCGAGCGAGUAGCUUUUGUGUCGUCGUCGUCUCAUAUCGCGGCGGGGAAAUGCGAGAUUGAUUGCUAUGAAAUCCGUCCAGUGUGUUUUGCAAGUGUUUUUGUUCGUUUGAUUAUCCCUCUAUAAUUCUAUAUGUCUUCUUAUUGUUCCAACUCAAGGGUUGUUGAUUUCGUGAUAACCUUUUUUCCCCCUCAAAAAGAGUAACUGCUGAAAAAGGGGUUGCGAUUUUUUGGGGUUUCGUCAGGUUCGCGAAACAAUAUUUUUUUUUCAGUAAGGGGGAGAUAAAAUGGGUAACGUUGGAUUCCAAUUGUUCUGACGAGCUUUUUUUUUCCUGGGUUGUCGAGCAAUAUCCUGUUGUUGUAUGGUCAGAUUUUUUUUGUUUUGUUGAGAAUGGAUGGCGAAUUCUGACUGGAGA